CUCAUUGAGAUGCCGUUGGCAUAGGAGCCUCCAAAAACCCAUCUAGCACGUGGGACGCCGAUACGUGAACCUAGCAACACAAUUCUACCGCCUCGCUCGUAGCAUCACGAUCGAGGUCGCGGACGACGCGAAGCAAUGGCAGCGGAGAUAUACGAACUCAGCAACGGCGCCAUCACCGUCAAAGUAUCCAACUUUGGCGCCACCAUCACAUCGCUCCUCGUCCCUGAUGCCAACGGGAAUGUCGCCGAUGUAGUACUCGGUUUCGAUACCAUCGAGCCGUAUCAGAAAGGCGCUUCUCCUUACUUUGGAUGCAUUGUUGGGCGGGUAGCAAACAGAAUUAAAGAAGGAAAGUUUGCUCUCAACGGCGUUGAACAUUCCUUGUUUAUCAACAAUGGACCGAACAGCCUUCAUGGUGGGAAGACAGGUUUUGAUAAGGUGCUAGGGGAGGUUGCUGAAUAUAACAAGAAUAAUCAGUUCCCUUCAAUCACCUUGAAGUAUCACAGCAAGGAUGGUGAGGAAGGCUACCCUGGAGAUCUCUCUGUCACUGCCAAGUACUCCCUCCCUUCGAACACAUCGCUGAAGCUUGAAAUGGAAGCUGUUCCUGCUAGCAAAGCCACUCCUGUCAGUCUUGCUCAACACACUUACUGGAAUCUUGCCGGGCACAACUCUGGCAAUGUCCUUGAUCACUCGAUCCAGAUAUGGGGAUCUCAUAUCACUCCCGUCGAUGACAACCAAAUCCCUACCGGCAAUAUCAAACCAGUCAGUGGCACCCCCUUCGAUUUCACAGCAGAAACCGAGAUAGGCAGCAGAAUCCUUCAAGUACCUGGCGGUUAUGAUCACAACUACAAACUGGACCAUGGAGAAGAGAAAUCUGGCUUGAAGCACGCAGCUAGAGUGAAGGAUCCUUCGAGCAUGAGGGUGCUUGACUUGUGGACCGAUGCGCCUGGCAUGCAGUUCUACACCGGCAACUUUCUCGACGGUGUUGUGGGAAAGGGUGGGGCAGUGUAUGGCAAGCAAGCAGGACUGUGCCUGGAGACGCAGGGGUUCCCGAAUGCCAUCAACCAACUGAAUUUUCCAUCUGUUGUGGUGCAACCCGGAGAGAAGUACAAGCACACCAUGGUGUUUGAGUUUUCGAGCAACUGAGCUCUUCUUCCAUGUUUCUAUUUAUCUGUUGUUCUCUUUUGUUGCAGUCUAACUUGGGGAAUAAACUGUAUAAAACAUGAGGUAUUAAUUCCAUUGCCUCAUAUGUUUCUAGAUUAAGCAAGGUAAUUAGAACUUCUACUUUCAUUUCAUAUAACUAUAUCAGUUCUUCGAUUGUAUUCUUCUCAGAACAAUGAGUCAUGUAAAUGUUGUUCAAGAUGAACGAGUGUUUGUCGUCA